AUGUCCCUCAGGCUCUGCGUGUCUACGGCGACAGCCAAUGGCGAGUACUACAUGGAAAUGUUUAAUAAGCAUCUCAGCAGCUUCUUCAAGAGCAUCACCCUUGGCUCGAAGGGGAGCGAUUUUAAGGAGGCCAAGGAGUCGAAGGACCGCAUCAUCCUGUUUGUUGAGGGCCCCGUGGGGAACGAUGCGAUCAGGUAUUUGUGCGACGACCAUCAACUGCCGAAGGAGCAGAGAAGGGUUGUAUGGAUCUACUCAGUUACUGAUGGUGUGGAUGUGUACAGGCCGCGUGAACUCGUAACGGAGCUAAAGGGCAUUCCCUUUGCGAACGCCCAUGGCUGUUACUCUCCCAUCUUGGCAGAGCACGUGAUUUACGCCAUGUUGUACUUUUACCGGCAAACGUGGCGCAGCCUGGCGAGCCGCGCGGAGCGCAAGUGGGAUCCCUUCAACAUGGUUGAGCUGCGCGGGAAGAAGCUGGGCAUCAUUGGCUACGGCGACAUUGGGCAGGCCACCGCCCGCCUUGCCACCGCGUUUGGGAUGGAGGUGACGGGCGUGAGGCGGUCCGCACCCUCCGAGAAGAAGGACCAGCACGGCGUGCAUAUGGUGUACGGUGACGCCGAGCGGGACCGCGUGAUCCGUGAGUCCGACUUCUUGGUCAAUACCCUCCCAGGGACGGAGGAGACAAAGCUGUUCUUCAACAAGCAGCGCUUUGCCAUGAUGAAGCCGAGUGCAGUGUACAUCAACAUUGGCCGCGGCAUCACGACGAGCGGGGAGGAUCUCGCGCGUGCGCUUCGCGACGGCGUCAUCCGCGGUGCU